AUGGUGCGUCAGCGGCUCUUCGUCUUGACCAUCCAGCGUCAGUCAGAUGUACCUUGGCAGCCUCAAAGGGCGUGGGAACACAAGCAACGAGAAGCCAGCGAAGACCUGAUUGACCUCAAGAAAGUCAGGGUCUUUGCCAACAUCGUGUGUCUGAUGCAACAUUAUGCAGAUCAUUCUGAUGUGCAGCACUUUUGCCACGCCUGGUCUUAUACCAGAGCGGGUCGGCGCUUCCCGCUUUUCAUGCGUCAGAUCUUCAACAUUGCUGUUCUCCGAACAUUUUUUGGCGUCCAGUUGCAGGUGAACGAGGACAUCAGCGAUGACCAAACGAUUUGCACAACUCCCAGAUGUGGACGUUCAGUGUCGGUCUACGUGCCAGAGUAUGUGGCAUCUGCGCGCAUGGCAAAGGCUGAUGCGGAGCGAGACUUGCGAAUGGACCCUGUGUGUGUGCCGCUGCGCUACGACGUGUUUACCCGCCCACCUGCAAGGACAGAGCUGCAGGGCAUCAGCUUGUUUCAGAGGCACAAGUACCAGUGUCAGACCUCGCGCUACGCCCCACACGUGCAACAAAUGAUUCAGCAGGGGCUGGCCUCGGCAGAGGCGUUCCUUUCAUUGCUCCACUCAAGCUAUCAGGAGUACUGGCACGAUGUGGGUGUGCCGAAGCAUAUCAGUGACCUUUCUGCAGACCUCGCCAAGAUAUGGGACUUUGAGAACAUGUGUGAGAAUAGAAGUCCUGACGAGGCACACCUCGACAGCUUGGAUCGUGUCUACGCGACAUUGAGACAACGACUUGCCUUGGUUCGCUGGCCCCAAUCCCCUGAGUUUAACUAUGUCAGAAAGGAGUGGCCUCUGAGCAAGGAGUUGCGCAGACAGUACAAGGUCCUUUGGUACAAGGUUCAUCUCAACCGCACACUGUGGCUUUCGCCCCGUGAGUGUCAGGUGUGCUUGGUGAAGCCGCCCUCCAUACUUGUGACACUGCUUGGCCGAAAGCUGCAGGAGCAAAGCCCGGUAAGACGUGCUAUCAAAGCUGUGGACAUCACAUGUGUUGUGUUCAGCAUUGCAACUUUCCUCUGGAAGCCACCCAGAAGCUUCAAUGUCCGAGCCGAGUCCAUUGCUGCGCUGAAAUGCUGUGAAGGAGACACAUUGCAGCCCGGGGCUUUUGCCAUCAUGAAGAAGGCACCAUUCAAGCAGAAGCUGGUCUUCGUGCUUCAUGUGGCUCACACCGUGGAGCCCGCCUCCGUGGUUGCAACAUUUUGUCUGGAUCCAUCCUUUCAUCGGUACAAAUCCACCCAGUUUGGGGAGACUCACUGCUGGCACGCUACCUUUUUGUUGGCUGUGUCUGCGACGUGUCAGGGGGCGAGCAGCGUUUGCGAGCGAAUCGGAAGUUUCCUACAUGGCCUGGAGGCCGGGGAGAGUGUCAUCCACCCGGCCCGAGUUGCUGAUCGCUUGCGAAUCAAAGUGGCCCAAGUAGAGGCGAUCGGUGGAGGUCGAGACGAAGCCCUCAUCACCGACCUCCUGGAGGUGUUUCGAACGCACAAAGAUCCCACCAUUAAGCGGCGUGCCAUGUACACCAGAAACCAGCGCGGGCUGGAGGCUGGCAACCAGACGUUGCAUCGCCGGGUGGAGGCGUCAAAUGCCAAAGCCACCUGGUCGCUCCACGACCUGGAGCCCAGUGCCAGUGUCAGUGACUCUGACAUCAGCGCUGCCCUGCAUCAUCUGCUGACGCACGCAGCCGAAGAACGGGCCCACAAUGAGGAGGUUCAUGCUCCAGUGUCAUUGGAUGGUGCCACACGGGCUGCCUUGAUGAAAGUUGUCAGUCAACGGGGUGGCAGAUUGCAGGUGGACUCUUUGCCAGCCUUUGUGAGAAAGGGUCCUGGCACCAAAACUCCAUUGAGGUCAGUGGGCAGAAAGCGCAUGUCGGAGUGGCUGGAGUCAGAGGAAGGUCGGGCGUGGAAAUCUCAGCGCGAGGAGUUGCCACUUGGCUUGCUCAGCCUGAUAUUUUUCACCGUGCCACUAGGGUUACUUUGCAACAGCCUCUUUGUUUCUGUGCCGCGCCACAAUUUUUUGGGAACAGACAUGUUGAGGUGGAAGAGUUUUUCAGAGCCAGUCGUCAGACCGGAUGAUGACUGA